AUGACGUCCAACUUUGCACCUUCCGGCCGCGUCAACUCGCUCAGCGUCGACCGCUUCAGCAAUGCCAGCGACCGCCGCCGCUCGUCGUCGUCCCGACCGCAAAGGCCGCUGAUCAACGAGCGACCCGUCAUUCUCUGGACCCAUGAGCCGCCCAACUUCUCUACAAAGGAGGUCGUUCUCAGCCCCGACUACUCGCUGCCCCACCUCUCCGAGGGCGACCUCCUCCGCCUCACGCUGCCCGCAAAGGCGCCCACCUCGACGUCCAAGAACGGGCCGCCGCCGGCGACGCCGGGGCAUGCAAGGGGGCACAGGAAGGGCCUCAAGCCUUCGUUCGUCUUCCGCCCCGUCCACGCGCUCGCCGACCCCGACUUCGCGGCGAAGCAGUCGCAGCUGCAGAUCAGCAUCUCCAAGAACCUUGCCUCCAUCUACGGCUUCCACAACCGCGCAGAGGCCGUCCUUACCCGCGUUUCGAAGGAGGAAAACACCAUCGACCACGUCGAGCUCUACUUCCGCGACCAGUACGUCGGGCGCGCCGACAUGUGGCGCUUCCUGCAGAACCUCGAGGAUACGUGCGUCUACUGCGGACAGAAGAUUGUGCUGGCCGGCAGCGUGCGCGCCACCAUCGGUCGCAUCUUUAUCAAGGAGAAGAAGGUGACCAGCGGCUACGUGGCCGCCUCGACCAAGGCCAUCUUCCGCAGCGAGUCGGCCAAGUACAAUCUGUUCAUCCAGCUCGCCCGCGAGAUGUGGGAGUUUGACGAGGACGGCGAGAUCUACUACGAAAAGGCGCUCCAAGGCUUUAUCCCGGAGCUCCUCAAGCGCUGGCGCUCUGUGCAGACCAACCACGUCCUCUCCAUCACCCUGUUCGCGCGCGUGCACUACGACGAGUCGGAGCUGCACAUGCUCGAGGGCCCCAUCCGCAUCGACGGCCAGGGGCGAUGGUACAUUGACUACUACAAGGUUGUCGUGGACCUCGAGACCAACUGCGACUGGUCGGCCAUCCUGACGUCGCUCAAGGAGGAGUUUUUCCGCUUCCAGCACGACAUCCUGCUGCUGCGCAGGCCCGUGUCUGGUCCGGCCGCCAGCCAGGAGGAGCUCCACGCCGACCUGAUCCGCGACCGCGUCCACUUGGCCGGCCGCCUUUCCUACUCGUACGAGGGCAACCUGCUCGAGGCCAUCAACCUUACGCUCAACCCCUUCGACGAGCACUACAUCGAUCGCGACCUCAACCGCACAGGCUUGUCGAUCGUCUUCCUGACCGCCGGCACGGGCCACUUUGAGGUCGACAAGCGCCUCCUCCGCAUCACGACCGAGAGGAUGAUUGAAAACGGAAUCGGCCUCGACCUCGUCUGCCUCACAAAAAUGCCGCUGCACUCGGUGCCCCUCUUCCACUUCAAGUCGCACUACCCGGAUCAGAGGGAAGCUGGCCCGCCCGACCCGCGCCAGCAGAACAACAGCUGGUCGAAGCGGAGAGGUCCGCCGGGCGCAGGACCCGGCGGCUCUCGCACCCUCACGCACCGCCACAGCAGCCAGCGGUUGGGCACCGCCGCGCCGUCGUCUUCGGCCCCGCCCGAUCCGCUCUACUUUGAUGCCAAGCGGCCCGACGAGGACGAGGAGGACUUUUACUCGAUGCCACACUGGGUCGACUGCAGCUUCUACAACCUUCAGCAGGACAAGCCCUUCCGCGCCGACCGCUUCGUCCCGCGCUGCAAGAUGUACGAGGUCCAGAUGAUGGGCAUCAUGGAGAACCAGAUCUCGGACAUUGCCAUCCCCUACCUCGACCUGCGCGCCGCUCCGAAGGCCUCGUCGGUCCAGUCGUCCUUCUACCUGCCUCGCCACGUGGGGCCGCCUGGGUCGGCGUUUGUGUCCGAACCAGCCGCGAGCGGCUUCUCGGACCUGGCCCUGGUCGGCCUGACGCCCAAGGAGCAGCGCCGGAUCGCGCGGGAACGCUUCGAUCGGGACGUCUUCGCCGACGUGGAGCCGUCAGUCAAGAGUCUCGUCAAGCCUGCCACGGCCAGCAUCGAGAGCCCUGUCAAUAGCGACUUUCAGCGGCCCUUUGAUCGUCCGGAGCUCAAGCGGACCAACAGCUCCGGCUACGGAAAGCAGAGCGUUUCGGCAUCAUCGACGUCACCGAACAAGCAGGGGCACCCCAAGCUCAGCGCACUACGGACCUCACGCCUGGGCCGCGAAAGCUCGAUCGCCUCGUCGGGGCACGAUUCCAUGCCGCCAUCGCCGACAAAGACCCGGUUCGGCCUGCCACCGACGGGCGAAAGCCCAGAAGAGGCCAAGUACGCCCUACCCACCCGGCCCUUGUCCCAGGUGAUGGCGCAGUCGACCUCCAGACCGGCGUCCAUCCGGUCGACGAGCACGUUUCCGCGUGGUCUCCGCCUACUGGAACCAAUCGGCAAGGCCAAGGCGCUGGUCGCGCCGACCGACGCGGUGCUCUCGGCGACCUCGCACCCCUUGAAUGAGGAGGAGGAAGCAGAGGAAGCCAGCGAGCACCUUUCCGCCGCGACCGCAGCUUCGCGGCCCGGAUCCAGGACGGUCAGCCUCAGCAAAGCCACGAGUCCGACGCGGCGCGGCAAGGGGUACGGCAGCGCGGCGAGCUGGCUGUGGAACUCGCUGACAGGUGGUGGCGCCGGCACAAAAGCUGAUCAUGCCUCUGCCAGCGGCAGCUCCGAGGCCGACGUUCAGGGCCAAGAUCUGAACUCGACCCCGGCCACACGGCGGAUCCAGGAGGUGCUGGCUAGCCAGCUGCGGAGCAACCUGGACCGCGAGAGGAGUCCGAGCAAGCGCUCGGUCAACUCGCCGGGCAUCCUCAGCCGCACCUCCUCGCUCCUCUCCGUCCACGAAGCAGCGCACAUUGCCCCCAUCAAGAUCCCGGCGCAGGUGGCUAUCCGCAGCAGGCAGGAGGCCGAGGCUGAGGAGCGCAUCUUCCGCGACCAGGACGCUUACGAGCAGCAGCUCGAGGAAGAGGAAGCCAAGCAGCGGUUCGCGCAGCGGGCGCAGGUGGAGAAGCAGACGUUGGUCAAUCCGUCGAACCCGAGCAAGAACCUCAAGAGCAACACGAGCCAGCUCCUGCGUUGGCAGCACCUCUUCCCGCGGCGCCUCAACCACCACGUCGUCAAGUGGAGGUCGAUGACGACGCCGGCGUGCUUGCCCCUGACGACCCUCUACUUGCCGACCGAGGCCGACCUGCUGGCCGGCUGGACUGAGCACCCGCACACGACGUCGGUGUCGUCAGAGACGGUCUCGUUCCUGCUCAAGAAGUCGACCUCGACGCACCCGGCGUUGGCGGUGCUGCGCGAGAUGGCGUUCCACCGGCUCGCACAAGGCUACCAGUUCAUCGUGCCGGCCAGCAAGAAUGUCCGGGCCGCUUCCAGUCGCAAACUCAACGACCCAAAGCACUUCUCCCUGCGCUGGCCCUCGGAGCUGCUGCAGCCGGGCAACCUGUCUGCCGGCAACCCGAUUUUCCUGAGCAUGACCAACCAGAUCCACCGCAUCUCGUACGAUCGGCAGGCGGGCGCCAUCAACGUCAAGCGCUACGUCCGGCGCACAGAGUACAACACAGACCCGAUGCAGUACGAGUGCUGCGUGUGGCCGAGGAACUUGCCGGGAUAUCAGACGGUCAAGGCCAAGUUCAGCUAUCCGGACUCGGCGAGCUACAACUGGACCUACCUCGACUCGCUCAUCGCCGGCUACGUCGACGAGCGGUUCGUCGACUCGCUGCGCUACUGGCGGACGCGCUUCGUGCUCGUCCCCACCGAAGGCUCACCGCCGCCGAUGAAGGCGCCCACCGGCGAGGACCUCGACGACGAGGAGAUCCGCCUGCUCGGCACCGACAAGCUCGCUGAACUCUUCCACCGUGCGCGCUACGUCAGGAGCCGCGAGGAGCGAGACGCCACCAUGGCACCGCGCUUCCUGCCCACCUCGCUGGACCCGGCGCUGAGUCUAAGGGACGACGAGUUCAUGAAGCAGCUGCUGGCCGCCGAUGAGGCCGCACAGCAUCGGACCGCGCAGCCAUACUCUGCGGCAUCGUCCAAGAAGCGCCACAAGAACGCUCUGGCGGGACGGUCGCUCGAGCUGGUUGCCAAGGACAUGCGGACCAACGGCCUGGUCAUCAAUGACCGGCUCUGGCACCGCAUGACGUACGCCGACAUCUUCACCGGCGCCGACUUUGUCACCUGGAUGUGCCAGGAGUACAGCGACGUCCAUUCGCGCGAGGACGCCGUCGAGUGGGGGAUGCAGCUCAUGGACGGCGGCCUGUUUGAGCACGUCAACAAGACCCACGGCUUCCUCGACGGCCACUACUUCUACCGCCUCGCCAGCGAGUACGGGGGCAUCCGAUCCGCAAAGAGCUGGUUCCGCGGCUCACGCUCCAACCACGGCGACGAUGUCUCGCCCAGCCGCGGAGGCUCGUUUGGCGAGAAGGACGCGCCGCGCCGCUCGAUUGCCAUGGGCGGACCGGGACCUCAGGGUCGGCGCCAGCCGUCCGGCGGCUCCUCAGACUCGGGUCACCCGCCGACGCUGGGUGGGCACAGCCGCCAGCCGUCGGUGUCGCACCCACACCCCACGCUCAGCAUGACGAAGCGCAAGAGGCGCGUGCAGCUCAGCCGCUCGCUCAUCAUCGACGUCGACCCGGGCCGCCGCAGCGAGCGGGCCGAGGUGGCCUUCUUGCACCACGACGUGGCGCACAAUCCGGAUAACGGCUUCAACUUCCAGAUCCACUGGCUUGGCACCACGGCGCGCUUCAUCGAGGACAUUGUGCAGAACUGGACGCGGACCGUCGAGAGGUAUGGGCUGCGGCUGAUCGAGGCCCCCAUCGGGCAGAUCAAGGACGUGACGCAGCACAACCCGUUCCAGGCGCCCGUGCAGAUCGAGCUGAGCCUGCCGCCGCCACACCCGUCGACGUACGCGCACCGGCUCCCGCCCAACACGAUUGCGGAGCAGUACUUUGAGUACGCGCUGCUGCGCAGGUUCGGCUUCAUCCUCGAUCAGGAGGCCAGCGACCGGUACCCCAAGGACGUCGACAUUGUCUAUUCCUCGCGGCCCUCGCACUUUGAGUACUCGCAGUUUGUCCACCGGUCCGGUGUCGGCUUUGUCCAGGUGCUCGGCGGCAAGGCGGGCUUCCUCUGGCUCAACAACCGCCUCUUCACCUCGCACCUCUCCAUCAACCCGCGGCAGUCGGGCAAGGGCAAGGAGGGCGGACCGGCCCAGUCUCAGCUCCACCACCUCCACCAUCAGCAUCAGCACCAGAACCAGCAGCAGGCCCCCGACCCGGACAAGGUGCGGCGCGAGUUCACCGAGUUUUGCGCCGACCCGCUGGCGCUGGAGCGCUUCUACCGCCAAGUGCUGGCGCAGCUGUUUGAAGUCGAGAGGGAGGCGGCGGAGCAGCAGCGGAUCCGCGAGGAGAGGUUCCGCGCCGAGGUGCAGCGCGAGCUCGAGCUGCUCGAGCAGAAGCAGCAGGAGGCCAACGAGCAGCAGCAGCAGCCGGCGCCCGGACACACGCCAGAGUCGAGCGGAUGA